AUGCCACCACCCAUAGUACUAUCUAUCUGCCUUGUCUGUUCCUGACAAAACUUAAUUAAGGCAGCAUCCUGGGGGAUGCUGCUCCUGAGUGUCCUGGGGGUGCUCUACUGGCAGCUUGUACGUCUAUUAAAGUGGGAACCCUACAACGAUCUACCCAGGAAUUCUGGCCCUGCCUCCGGGCCAAAUGUCAUGCGCCAACAUCUGGAAGCACUUGAUGCAUUUUCCUGGGAGAGCAUCUGUGCUCUCUACAAUAUUGGUGGUGACUGCUUCUAUUGUGCCUACUCCUCAGGUGUGCCAGCUGCUCAGGAAUGAUAUCGCUUCCACUACAUGGACAUCUUGGCCCUACUCCUCACUGCCUGGGAGGACAGUCACCAAAGUCCUGGUGACCACUUUGUCUUGUCCUGUCACUAUGACAGUGAGGGGGUAGAAGGUGACAAGUAUCUAAGCAUGGCCUUGGAUUUCUGGCACAUCCAGAAGUCCCACCGUGGGAUAUAUGGUAACUGCUAUAUCUUUAAGGGUGUCUGGGUUGCACAGAGUCCUGGCAUCACCAAUGGGAUCAGCCUAGUCCUCAGAGCUAAAAGGCAAGAUCAUCUCCCUCUUUUGUCCUUGGAGGCUGGACUCAAGGUCAUGGUUCAUAGGUACGAUCACACACCCUUAGAAAACAGUGGCUUUAGCUUCUGACCAAGGACUCAGAAUACCAUUGGAAUUCUAGAAGUAAGCAGGGUGCCUUCACUUGGAAGUCCCUAUGGCCUCUGCAUUGAUGGUGCUAAGGGCAUGGAUACAGGACUGCUGUAUAACACCCCAAAUACCAACCAUGUGUAUGCCUGGUGUCCUGCUUCUAGCAGCUUAUGGUGGAAAUCUGCUCCAGCUAGAGCCCAGUUCUGCAGUCACGGCUUCUACCGAUUCUACCAGGACCUGGAAACCCACCAGCUUCCUUGUCUUUCCCACUGCCCCAGCCCUUGCAAGCGAGAGGGUUGGGAGUCAGGAACCUCCAGGGAGAGUGUGGCCAUGCAAGCCCCUGUGCAAGACUGGAUCGUGGCUAUGCUUAGAAAAAGCAAUGUGGCCAAGGUGAAAAUUCUAAAUCAGGAGCUUAACUACCAUAUUGUGGAUGAGGCAACAGUAUACUCUGAGGAGUGGUUCCACAGCUGUUGUGCCAUGAGCAGCCUCUGGAGACGGUGGUUUGGCUCAUCUAUCCUGUCUGUGCUGAAGCUGCUACUGGAUGUCACUACCCUUGCCCUGCUGCUGCUGGGUUUUCGCUGUCUCUGCUGGGGGAAGAAAAAGGGAAGUUGA